CAAGCAUUCAAGAGAUUUUUCCCAUUAUUUGAUCGUGUUUUGGUGGAGAGAUUUGUACCAGAAGUCAAGACUAAAGGCGGUAUUAUGAUCCCUGAGAAAGCCCAAGGAAAAGUUGUGGAAGCUACCGUAAUGGCAGUUGGACCAGGAGCAGUUAAAGAUAAUGGUCAAGUCAAACCAGUCAGUGUGAAAGUUGGAGAUAAAGUUUUACUUCCAGAAUAUGGUGGAACCAAAGUUACAAUUGAAGAUAGUGAAUAUUAUUUAUUCCGAGAUGGAGAUUUACUGGGAAAAUUUGAAUCAUCAUGA